UUUCGCAACUGUCCAGGAAGCGUUUUCCAAGCAGCUACAGGGACGAGAAGGAUAAUUGUUUUGGUUUUUUUCCCCCGAGGAGAAUUAAACCAAAAGUAGGCACCAUGCUGCCGACUACCUCGCCACAAAGUAACGGCGACCCCAGCUCCAGGGAUGCUGCCCGUCACACAGCAGGUGCCAAGCGCUACAAAUACCUACGGCGACUGCUCUAUUUCAGACAGAUGGACUUUGAGUUCGCCAUGUGGCAGAUGCUUUACCUGUUCACAUCGCCACAGAGGGUCUACCGCAACUUCCACUACAGGAAACAGACAAAGGACCAGUGGGCAAGGGAUGAUCCCGCAUUUCUGGUCCUUCUCAGCAUCUGGCUGUGUGUAUCAACGAUCGGUUUUGGUCUUGUUCUGGACAUGGGAGUCGUGGAGACUUUGAAGCUGCUGCUGUGGGUGGUCUUUGUCGACUGCAUAGGUGUUGGUCUGCUCAUAUCAACCCUUAUGUGGUUUAUCAGCAACAAAUAUCUGCUGAAACAACCCAGCAGAAACUUUGACGUCGAGUGGGGUUACGCAUUUGAUGUUCAUCUAAAUGCUUUCUACCCACUUCUAGUCAUUCUGCAUUUUUUGCAGCUUUUCUUUAUCAACCAUCUUGUGGUAAUAAACUCAGACUGGUUCCUGGGUUACUUUGUUGGGAACACUCUGUGGCUUAUCGCCAUCGGUUACUAUCUCUACAUCACCUUCUUGGGCUACAACGCUCUACCUUUCCUGUCGAACACUGUGGUGCUCCUCUACCCCUUCGCUCUGCUCGGCCUCCUGUACUUCCUCUCUAUAUUUCUGGGCUGGAACUUCACAUGGGGUCUCUGCUGGUUUUAUAAGUACCGAGUCCAGUAGGAACCUUUUCAAUUUCUAAUCGGAUGCAAGCUGGUUCCAGAUGAACUCAAAACAAACAAAAAGACAAAGAGAAAAACUCUCAAACUUUCUGUUUCUAGCUGAAUGUGGCUGAGAGACUUCUGGCUGACUCUUGGAGAACUGAGACUCUGGCUUGAUUGAGGCUGAGCUGGCUCCUUUUGGUUCUGUCAGCUCUUCUGUUGAACUCCAGUAAAUGGCGACGUGUUUGUACUAGCUCCAGACAAAAAACGGGACAAACCAGACUUUUAUCAAUGUCCUCCUUGUGUGACUGCUAAAUACACAAUACAUAUAUAGUUGUAAUAUAAGCCGAAAGGUGUCAUUUUGAAGAAAAAAAAUGUUUGUCUUUAGUUGUGUUUGGAAAAAAAAAAUUGAUAAUCCUGCUUGAUGAAGUGGAGAAACUUGGGAUGCAGACGUUUUUUCUUUUUUCCUUAAAGUGUACAUUCCAAAGCACUUUCAAUAAAGGGUUUUAUUAACUUAAACUACCUCAGUUUGGGUGCUUGGAGGAGAAACCCACAUUUCCCUGUAGUUCUUCAACAUGUGUUAGCCUUCUACUGGGAAUUUUUAAAAAUGUUUUCUUGUGAUAUUCAUUGCAUUGGAGUUUCCAUUAAAUCUGUGGAAUGUCAAUGUAUCAGUACACUAAUUUAGACCUUUAAGAAUUGAUUGAGGUUUAAGUCUCUGUUCUGACUUCCUUAGUUAUCAUUGAGUCUUCGCCUGAAGGGUUCUCGAAGGAUUUUACUUAAAUUGUUUGUGAUAAAUUAUCUCACUUUUGCAUUAUGGAGGAUCCUGUGCAGGAUUUUAAUGCAAAAAUAAAAGAAAUUUGAUGCACUUUGGAACUAGUCUCUAACAUAAAAUGUCCACAAAGUGAGAUCCUGAGAAUACUUUGCAAAUGCACUGUAAUUUGACAAGUUCAUGCAAGGAAAAAAAAAAAA